GGCUGCCUCCCUGCCAUCGGCUCCCCGCGCGCAGGUCCGCGGGGAGGGGCGGCCUGCCGAAGGGCCCACCAAGGGGCGUUCCUGAAGAGCGCCCCCACCGCCCACCAGAUGUACUAUGCUGUGUCCCAGGCGCGCGUGAACGCGGCCCCUGCGACCAUGCUGAGGCCACAGCGGCCCGGAGACGUGCAGCUCGGGGCCUCCCUGUACGAGCUGGUGGGCUACCGGCAGCCUCCCUCCUCCACCUCCUCCUCUUCCUCCUCCUCCACGACGGUGCCCCUCCUCCCCAAGGCGGCGCGAGAGAAGCCCGAGGCGCCAGCAGAGCCGCCGGGCCCCGGACCCGGGCUCGGGCCCGGGACGCACGCGGGAGGCGGCUCCCGGGCGGACGCCAAAGAGGAACAGCAACAGCAGCUGCGGCGCAAGAUCAACAGCCGCGAGCGGAAGCGCAUGCAGGACCUGAACCUGGCCAUGGACGCGCUGCGCGAGGUCAUCCUGCCCUACUCGGCGGCGCACUGCCAGGGCGCGCCCGGCCGCAAGCUCUCCAAGAUCGCCACUCUGCUGCUUGCCCGCAACUAUAUUCUGCUGCUGGGCAGCUCGCUGCAGGAGCUGCGCCGCGCGCUGGGCGAGGGCGCCGGGCCCGCUGCGCCGCGCCUGCUGCUGGCCGGCCUGCCGCUGCUGGCGGCGGCGCCCGGCUCCCUGCUGCUGGCGCCUGGCGCCAUGGGGCCCCCCGACGCGCUGCGUCCAGCCAAGUACCUGUCUCUGGCGCUCGAUGAGCCGCCGUACGGCCAGUUUGCACUCCCCGGCGGCGGCGCGGGCGGCGGCGCCGGGGGCCCCGGCCUCUGCACUUGCGCGGUCUGCAAGUUCCCGCACCUGCUCCCGGCCGGCCUGGGCCUGGCCGCGGUGCAGGCGCAGUUCUCCAAGUGAGCCCAGCCCGGCCGCCCAGCCUCUCCGCGCGACCGUGUCCUGUGCGCGGAGAGCCCGGCUGGUCAAGGAGGGCAUUCUGGCCCAGAGGAGGAGAACUGGUGGAUGCCCCCACCCCGGGGAAAUUAAAGUGACCGGAGCGGAUGUUCGACCUCGCGACUGGGCUGCCUGGGGUUCCGGGGAGAUUCCAGCUGCUCUGGGCACCAAGUGCGCGCUCUCACCCCAUUCUCACCCAGCGCAGCCUCUGCAGCCCCUGGAGUUGUGCGCUUUGCGGGAGUGGCAGGGGUUUUAGGGCGCCGCGCGCUGAGUUCAGCUUGCUCCGGGUGCGGCGGGAGGCCAGCCCCAAGUGCCACCGCUCACAGAGGCGGCACCUACCAAGCCAGGGGCCGAGGGACUGCUCGCCAAGGGCGGGAGAAGGAUUCUUUUCCUUCUCCCUGGCCAGAGGUCACAGACACACUCGUUCCCACUAGCCAAGCGCUGUCAACGGAGGCUGCCCCGCCUCAGGAAGCCGAGAACGACCAGUAGUCGGUGCAGACGGCCCCGGGCGUAGCCGGCUGACGGAUCCUCCGCGGCCGGAUAGUUGGCACGGCGGGGCGACGGAAAGUGGAGGUGACGACCCCAGGGUGGUUGCGUGCGUUGGGCUGAAAGUUGGUCCGCUCUGUUCUGCGGCUGUUCAGGUGCAGUUUUUGAAAAUCGCACAAGCAGGUGUUUUGUGGCGGGGAUUAUUCUCUCCUAAAUCCUGGGAUAUUCUUUCGUAAAACAACAACGAAACAGUUUAAAACUCUAGAUUCAUUUUGUUCCCCCUUACCCAGAGGUAACAUAACCAACUUUGAGCUUGCUUAAAAACAAAAACCAACCACCUUUCACGCAGACAGCGUUCCGGGUUUACUAAAAUAGGUAACAAGACAUUUCACAGUGCCCGUCUUGUCAGAAAGCACAGUCGCUAACUACCUUUCUCAUUAAGACGCAGAGGAGAACCGAGCCCCAAGCUGCCCUUGGCUUGGCCACCCCCACUACUGUGGGGACGACGGGGUAACGCUUUCUCGCUGUCCCUUUCCCGCGCGGGGUGUUUGACCAGCGCGCCCGCAGGUCUUCUCCAAGCUUUGCAAUUGAAGAACGACAUAGGUGACCGGUCUUGAUUUGUUACAAAUUACUUCACCCAAGGCUACUUUAUGACCUUUCAACAGCUUGCUUUGAAUUUUGUAUUUAAGGUUUUUGGUUAUUGGUAGUAGCCGAAUUUACCUGGCAUUUUAUUUUAUCUCUAACUUUUUUUUUGUUUCUUUGCGCUGUGAAGAAUCAACAAAAUAAAACAUUUAAAGACCUUA